AUGAUUACAGCGGGCUACCGUUUUUUUCGUUUUGGAAAAUCAACGUUUCAGAGACCAUCUAUUCUCCAUCGCUUAAAAACUUCCAAACUGGCUGCCAAACACCCUGUUGCGGACACACACCGACGCGGUUUAUACGUUUUAUCCCAGCAGCAUGCCUCUCAGUUCCUGGUGAGGAAACGUCGAGCAAAUUCUUUCAUGGAAGAAAGUAAGAAGGGAAAUUUAGAAAGAGAGUGCAUUGAAGAAUUAUGCAAUAAGGAAGAAGCCAGGGAAGUAUUUGAAAAUAAUCCUGAAACUGAGUAUUUUUAUCCCAGAUAUUUAAGUUGCCUUGCUUCUCAUCGAGCAGGGAUUUUCAGGGUUACUGCAGUUACUCCAGAUUCUCCAGCUGACCUGAGGGCUUGUGUCAGUGAAAUUUCAAACCAGUGUAGCCCACUGCCCUGCCAUAAAGAUGGAUAUAAAGAUUGUAUAGAUGGACAAGCCAGAUAUACAUGCGUCUGUAAACCAGGAUGGCAAGGAGAGAAAUGUGAAGAAGAUAUAAAUGAAUGUGAAGAUUUCAAUGGAGGUUGUAGCCAACGCUGUUCUAAUUUACCUGGAAGCUACCGUUGUUUAUGUGAAGAUGGCUACUUCAUGCAUUCAAAUAAAUGGGAUUGUGGAGAUAUAAAUGAAUGUGUGUUACAUCCAAACAUCUGUGGGACAGCCAUCUGUAAAAACACCUUGGGGAAAUACAAUUGUGAAUGUGCAGAGGGCUACACAUAUAAUUCAACUUCCAAGAACUGCGAAGAUAUUGAUGAAUGUGCUGAAAAUGUUUGUGCUCAACUCUGUGUAAACUCUCCAGGAAGUUAUAGCUGCUACUGUGAUGGCAAGAAAGGGUUCAAGCUCUCUAGGGACAUGAAGAAUUGUGAGUCUAUUACUGAGUGUAUCCCGCUACACCUUGAAAAGAAUCAUGAACUGCUUUAUCUGGCAGAGCAAUUUAUAGGAAUUCCUGUUCUGUAUUUAAAGUUCAAAUUGCCAAAUGUCACAAGAUUUACAGCAGAAUUUGAUUUCCGGACAUACGAUGCAGAGGGAGUUAUACUAUAUGCAGAAUCCCUUGACAAUACAGCAUGGAUCUUGCUUGCUCUUCGGGAUGGGAAGAUUGAAAUUCAAUUCAAGAAUGAAUUUGGAACUAAAGUCACAAGUGGAGGCAAAGCCAUUAAUGAUGGACUGUGGCAUAUAAUAUCAGUUGAAGAACUAGAACACAGCAUCAGUGUAAAAAUAGCUAAGGAAGCCGUGAUGAGUAUUAACAGCCCAGGAACUCUUUUUAAGCAAUCACAAGGUUUCUUGGAAACUAAAGUGUACAUUGCAGGAUUACCUCGCAAAGUGGGCAACACUCUUGUUAAGCAGAUAAACCCUCGGCUAGAUGGAUGCAUUCGUGCCUGGAACCUGAUGAAUCAGGGCCAUUCAGGUGUAAAAGAAGUUAUUCAAGAAAAGGAGAGUAAACACUGUUUAGUAUCAGUGGGAAGAGGAUCCUUCUACCCUGGCACUGGAAUGGCAAAGUUUCAGAUAAACUACAAUAAUCUUGACAGUGCUGAAGAUUGGCUAAUAAAUGUGACUAUGACUAUUCGCCCAUCCACAGACACUGGUGUUAUGUUUGCCUUGGUUUCUAAUGAAACAGUGCCUCUUGCUUUGUCCAUAAUGGACUCUAACUCCUCUGACUCACAGAAAAUCAUUGUGACCAUUGGAAACAUCAUUGUUGCACAUCUGGAAUCAAAGAAGUUAUGUACACCCAGAAAAGUGCUGGUUGGACUUCUAGUAACCAAACAGCAACUUGAGCUGUCAGUUGAUUCACACACAGACAGAAGCAAUUCAGAGCAACUCUCUGUCCUGCAUCAAGCAAUGAUGGCGAGUGUUGUUACCUACUUGGGCGGCCUGCCAGAUGUUCCUUCAGGUGCUACGUUAGUAACUGCUUUUUAUAAUGGCUGCAUGGAGGUGAAGGUCAACAACAGACAGCUGGAUCUGGAUGAAGCCAUUUCUAAACACAAUGACAUUAGAUCUCACUCAUGCCCACUGAUUCUGCAGUAACUAUUCCAUUCUUAAUUUAACAUUUUUCUUUCAGAUACAGGUUGUUUCAUUAGUGUCAUGCCAUAGUGAAGUCUGUAUUAUUUUAUUCAAGAUGUACCAGGAAAAUAAUCAACAGCAUGUUUUUCCUCCCUUUUAUAUACAAUGGAGGGGGGGAAAUGCCCUCUCUUUUCAGCUAUAAAGAGACAAUCAAGAUCAAAAUUCUGUAAAAUAUUAUUUUAUUGCUAUCAGUGAUAGAUCUUAAAGCUA